GAUGUCACUCGAUGCACUGGCGACGCAGUUUGACGCCUUCCUGAAUGAAGCCCACCGGCUCAAGGAGCAAUAUGCGCACCACAUAACGCUACUAGUGGGCCUGGAGACAGAGUUCAUCACCGAAGAAGACCUCGCACACCUGGAAACGCUUCUCAGCAGAUGUCCUGGACGCAUAGAAUAUCUGGUUGGGUCUGUCCAUCAUGCCAACUCGAUCCCCAUCGACUUCGAUAUCGCCACGUUUGGGAAGGCUCUGGAUAGCUUCGCCCCUUCCUCGACUGCGAGCGAAGAUGGAGAUCACGGGCGCAUAGAAGCUCUGCUCUGUUCGUACUUCGAUGCUCAAUAUGACGUCCUGAAGCGCUUUCAUCCGGAGCUAGUCGGGCAUGUCGAUCUGUGUCGGUUGUACAACCCAACGCUGCGGUUUGGUGACUAUGCGCCGGCUUGGGAAAAACUGGAGAGGAACGUCGCAUAUGCUGUUGGCUAUGGCGCACUGUUCGAAUUGAACGCCGCCGCACUGAGGAAAGGCUGGGACGCUUCCUAUCCAGGUGAAGACGUGGCUCAGCUCAUCCUGAAGCAUGGUGGCCGCUUUGCCUUGUCAGAUGACAGUCACGGGCCGCAUGCAGUCGGUCUGAAUUAUGACCGUAUGGCACAGUACGUCCUGCGAUUGGGGAUAGAAGAGUUGUGGGUGCUUGAGCGGUCCGAGAGUCCCAAUGUGGGAGGCAGAUUGGUCCGGCCAAGCAAAGUCGAAGGGAAGUGGUGGGAGCAUCCGUUCUGGAAGAAGCGAGGUCUCGAGCUCGGACCGCCUGCGUGACCCUGCGUGUUUGUUGUACGAGUGUGGACGAUUAAUGUUGUUGUACUCGGGUUGUACUUCUAGAUUGUUCAGUAAAGUCGAUAUUCAUUUACGUGAUCGAUCAGUCAAUUAAGGCC